AUGCAUGUUAUGAUCUUGGGCGACGGAGCAGUCGGCAAGAGUUCCAUCCUCAAACAAUAUCACAACAAUAAAUUCACCAAUCAGCAUAUUAAAACGCUUGGGGUUGACUUUAUUCAGACACAGUACAAGAAGGGGGAAUAAAGUUUCGAUGUAAAGAUAUGGGACACUGCUGGGCAAGAGAGAUUUAAAACUAUCACAUAUCAGUUUUACAGAUAAGCUAAUGGGAUGAUAAUUGCUUUUGACAUUACUAAUCUCGAGUCCUUCGAAAAUGUAAAGACGUGGAUGAAUAGUAUUUAUAAGCAUGCAGACCCAAGCAUCGCAAAAGUUCUUGUGGGGAAUAAAAUCGAUUUAGAAGAGUAGAGAGUCGUCACAAAGGCUGAAGCCACUAAAAUCGCUUAAGAGCAUGGCAUGGAUUACUUUGAGACAUCUGCACGAGAUAACAUUAAUAUAUAGGAACUGCUGCAGUAUAUAAUGGACAAAGUCUAUGAUAACCUCUACUCUAAAGGCACCAAUGAAAACGAAGAAGUGGAUCAUGGAAAAACUAGCAUCUAAAUCAAUAAGAGGACCUAGGCUUAGAAAUCAGGUGCAGGGAGCAAUAAUGGAGGUCUUGGUGAAGAAUGCAAGUGCUGA